UUUUUUCGUUGUCUCAAAUCAUUAGCAUAGAGGCCGUAUUUUUCCUUUUUUAGCAGCAACAAAUCCCACACGAAACCCUGGCUGGAUCCUAGGCGUCGAUCCUCGCUCCUUUGCUUUUUCCCUUAACCUCGUAUCGUAUCGUAUCGUGUCAUAUCGUAUCAGUGUCUCGAGAGCGCAGAAAGUCUAUGUCGCUUUCUUCCAUCAUUAUCUCUCUCGUACUCGAAACCUCAUCCGCAACAGUCGCCGCCGCUACCACUCCUGAUGCAGUUAUAGGGGUUGACCUUCCUUCUGCUACAACCGACGUGGCUUCACUUCUUCUUACUACCACCACCGCAGCAGCGACAGCGAUAGCUGCUACCGCCGCAACAGCGACGACGAUGCCCGCGCCCGAGGAUGAUCGCGGUGGAGGAGAUGGGGACUGCCAGCUCGUGGGGCCGUUUGCUUUGAUCGUGCAGCUCGCGCUGGGCGGGCUGGCGCUCUUAUCUCUCGUCUACAAGCGGUGGCGGGAAAGGCCCCAGCGGCCCGUCAAGAUCUGGUUCUUCGAUGUGUCGAAGCAGGUGUUCGGAUCCGUCCUGGUGCACAUCGCCAACGUCUUCAUGUCGAUGCUCACGAGCGGCCGGUUCUCUAUGAAGUUGGAUGCGGCUACCGUCCAGACGGCGGAGAGGUUGUUGCGUCGAGACGAUUAUACCCCGAACCCUUGUUCGUUUUAUCUAUUGAAUCUGGCUAUCGAUACUACUCUGGGUAUUCCUAUCCUUAUUCUACUCCUCCGCGUCUUUACGGCUCUUGUGGCUCUCACUCCUUGGGGAAAGCCGCCAGAGUCAAUUCUGUCCGGCAACUACGGCAACCCACCUAACGCCUGGUGGUGGUUCAAACAAUCCGUCAUCUACUUCUGCGGCCUGUUUGGCAUGAAGAUCUGCGUUCUCAUCAUAUUCUUGAUGUUGCCAUGGAUAUCACGUGUGGGAGAUUGGGCACUCGGGUGGACCGAAGGCAACGAGCGCGUGCAGAUCGUAUUCGUCAUGAUGCUGUUCCCGCUUAUUAUGAACGGGUUACAGUACUACAUCAUCGACAGUUUUAUUAAAUUAAAAGAACCUGGCCACGAAAUCCUGUCGCCUGAGGAAGGAGAUGGACGAGAUUCUUUUGACGACGCGCAUCUUGACAGCGACGACGACGAGUCGAUUAGUGGGGAAAGCAACGAAAGCAUGAGAUUGUCGAGUUCGAGAACUUUCAAGAAGGCAGAUAUUAGGGGCCCUGAUAGCGGACGUGAGGAAUAUGAUCCGGACCUAGACGGUCAAACUAUAAUAGGAAGGAGUCAAGAAAGGGGAACACUACUACCGAAAGAAUUAGUUCCUCCAGAGUAACGCGGGUUUUCCCCUUCCUUCCUUUUUACUUUAUUUUAGCAUUGGCGAAAUAUACUGCGGCUGCAAAUUCUAUGUUAUGAU